CCGGGAGUCAGCUUCAUGGCCCUGUUGAUCAGCCGUGAAGGGGUUUGCAGGCCUUCUUUAUAUUCCGAUCGUUGUCCUCGCCGCGGACAGAACCCUCUGAGUCAGUAGCAGUUAUGUAUAACUCGAACUUGGGCCAUUCGGCCUCCUCCCUUCGGGAGUCGGCCUCAUGGCCCCGUGCCUCCAGCUGUUCUGCCCGGGAUUCCUUCCUCCACCAUAAGAUUCUCAUAGUUAACGUUCUCGUGAUGAUAUUGCGAUGAACACCGGCUAUCCACAACUGACAACAAAUACUCUGAGUGACUGCACGUUCAUACUACCUACCUUCCUGUCACGGCAUGCAUGCACCUGCAUCCCGCUUGCUUGCUAUCGCACUUGCUCGUUUCGGCGAUUUGCCUGCCCUCGCGCUCGCCCGUUCGCGCAAUCACUCGACUCGCCCAUCCCCUACCACCCUCUGGCCCUCACUCACUUGCCCUCAAGCCCGCCCGUUUCCACCAUCUACUCGCCCUUCAAUGCUCUUGCCCGUGCCCAUGUCCAUGCCCUCACCUGCACACUUGGCUGUGAUCCGCUCGCUGGCUGCGUUUGCACACAGGGCAUUCGCCCUGCGUGCUCGCCGUCACCGUGUGUGUUGCAUUGCCGCGCCCCGGAUUGCCGCCGACUCGUCUUCGCGCACCGUCCUCCACUCGUCCUCACCCGUCCCUCGCUCAGGCUGGCCCGUUCUUUCCUCACGCGCGCGCGGCCCGACUCAUCGGUCGUAUUUGCGUCCUGGGCAUCCGCCCUGUGCGCUCGCGGUCGCCAUGCGUGAGUUGUCGCCUGCUUGUCCUGGCCUACUACCGUCCCACUCUGUUGCCUGCUCGCCCGCCCUCGCGUCCGUGGCCAUGAAUCCCCCGUCGGCCGUGUUUGCACGCGGGGCAUUAGUCCUGCGUGCUCGCGGUUGACGCGUGUGUUCAAUGUGCUGCACGUCGCCGCGUCCUGUGCUCACAUUCAGCUCGUUUGCUCGCACACAUCUGCACUCACCUUCCUUCGCUCAUCCCUACUUUGCUGACACGCCCGCAGUCCAUUCGUUGGCCCCAUCUGCAUGCAGAACACUGUUCUGCUUGUCCGGGUAUGUCUGGUUUGUGUCUGGGUCACCCGUG